AUGGACUUUUUAAAUGAGAUCUUCGGGAGUGAAAUCAAUGAACUCUAAAAGCAUGCUAAGGUGAUAAAUCACUUGGAUAGAUAUUUAAGAGAAAAUGGAUCGAAUGAAGAACUUCUAUCUUUGAUAAUUGAAUCGAUGACAAAUUGGGAUGACACAAUGCUAAUAGAGUGCGCCUGUUCCUUCGUGAGGCCAUUGGAAUUAGAUUUAAUUGACAAGAAAAACAAAUAAAAAAUACUAAAAAUAGCAGUAGAUAUUGUAUCAAAUGAUGUUAACGCCGGAAACGAACAACUAUAUGAAUCUUGGUUCACCAUAUAUGAUAUGAUAAUUGAAAAGGUUGAGAUAGAUUAUUCUUUGAAAGAAAUAUUUCCAAUCAUAGUCGAGAUGACGGGAUUAAAAAUUCCAUUUGUAAAGAGAAAGAGAGGAAAUAGGUUGGCUAUCAGCUUUGCUAGAUAAGUAGGAGAAUUAGGAUUCGAUAAGGAUCCCGUAGUACUAAAAACCAUUCUAGCGAUUUGCUAAGAUAACAAUUACAAAAUUAGACUAGAUGGAGUGAUAUUUCUAAAAGAAUACUUGAUUAGAGAAUAGGCCAGAUAAAAUAGACGCUUCCAUGAUAUCUAUUUGCCAGAAUUAAUCGAGUUACUCAACGAUGAGGAGGCCUACAUUAGAAUCGAAGCUCUAGAAAUUCUAACUGAUAUCUUACAAGAAAUAGACAUGGCAACAAUUGAAAAAGACUAUCUGCCCAGUUUGUAAAAUACUUUCGACGUCGGAAUUGAGGAAAUAGACUUAAGGAUGGCUAAAUUAAUUGGAAAUGUGGUAUAUCAACUAAAGUAACUUGAUUUUCACAUGUUGUACAAAGAUAAAUUUCUGUAGUAUUUUCAUCACGUGUGCAUCCAUAAGGAUGUUGAAAUGAGAAGAUAAGGGGCUUUCAAUCUUGCCAUAUUUCACUAACUCUAUAAAGAGCAUCAACCAGAGAGAAUGAUAGAUUUCUACGAAAUUUAUUUUCACUUCUCUCGAGAUAAUGAUACUUUGAUAAGAAAAACAGUUGCUUCUUGCAUUCAUGAAGCCUUCAUUUUAACUAAUUAGGAAGAGGAUACUUAUAAAUUAAGAGAGGCUUUCAAAAUCCUUUUGGAGGAUACAACCAGAGAGGUCAUAGCAGCGAUUACUGAAAAUAUUGAGGUAAUUUUGGACAACUUUUGCAAUGACCACAGUUUGAACCACUAUCACGUGCAAUCUAUCAAUAUCCAUGAAAAUAAUAUGCUCACUCCUAAUGCUUCCUAGGGAUAAAUAGGCCAAAAAGGGUCAUAGUAAAGUGACUUCACUACUGCUAUCACCAAAUCUAAAGACAGAAAGCAAUCCAAAAGAAAUAAUGUCCCCUUUGAAAUAGCAAAAGAGGAGGAACCCAAUUUCACACCAGAAUAAGUGAGUGAAUUACUAUUGGCUGAUCUUAUCGGAAAGCUAAUGAUAUUUGACGGAAAUCUAUCAAACAUUCAUGGACUUUGGAGGAAUCAGUAGAAGUUCAUAUAGCAUUUAGGCAAUCUUAAAAAAGUAGAGAUAUAUGUGAAGCUAUAUGACGCCAUGAUUCCUAGCUUAUUAGAGUACAUUAGAGGAGGAAAUGCUGAGAUAAGAUAGGCAUCUGCUUUAUGUCUUUCAAAGAUACUUUAAUAUCAAUACAACUCUCAGAAGAGAUAGGAAUUAAUUACACUUAUUAAACAAGACUUAGCUGAGUCAACAAGCUGUGUGCUUAGAAAAACAUUUAUUUACUUUUGUAAAUAUGCAGUCAACUGCUUCUCAAGAUAAUUAUUCCGAACUCACUUCAAUGAGGCAUAUCUAUCUUUAAGCAAGGAUCGAGUCCCAACUGUCAGGAUAGAAUUCGCACACUCUAUAGUGCAUAUAAAGCCUUACCUAGACUAUGAUAUUAAUCUAAACCUUGAGUUGAUGGAUAUAUUAAAUAGAUUAAAAUAAGAUCAUGAUAGAGAUGUAGUUGAGGCAGUUGAGCAAUGCGAUUUCAAGUUACUCUAAUAAAGAAAAAAGACAAAGGAUGAGGAGAAAUUAAUGAUUCAAUAAGACCAAGAGCGACUGGAGCAUGAGGCAAGGCUUGUUAUUCGAGAAUAAAGAGAGGAAGAGGAAAGAAAAAAACGAUAAGAAGAGGAAGAAGAAUCGAAAUUCGAUUUUUAAACUCUAUUGCAAGAGUCAAGUAAGAAGUUUAAGGUAAAAAUUCUUUAGCCAUUAAUAAUUAAAUAGAGAGGGAAAUUCAAUGCAUUUGCAUUGUCAAGAAGGCCAGGCUUUGGAAGUAUUGCUUCUAAAAAUCUAACUUCAACAGCCAAUUCAAUAAAUACAGGCAUUAAGACCACAAAGCUUAAUGGUUAAUCACUAUCAGUUGAUAAAACUCCUACUAAGAUUAAAAAAGCAACAUAAGGAGCUAAAAAGUAUAUAAUUUCUCAUUAUUAUAAUCUCAAUAUAGUCAAAAUAAUCUACUACCUCCAUCUGGAAGCUAGUCGAACGGGGAAAGAAAAUCAAUGA